CGAUAUAAACAUUAACACUAGUGCGCGCACUAGACUAGCCGGCUGGGGAUUGCUUCACGGGUGAGAGUGGAAGCAGUUGCGUGGAGCAAUCAGAAAGGUGAAGCUGAAGUACAGCAGAGUCAGCCUUGAGUUCUUAAUCUUCUUCUAUAAAAAUGGAGAUCAUUCCUAUUCCGGUGGAUAAGUGCAAUGUAGGUUUUAUCGGAGCAGGGAAGAUGGCGGAGAGUAUAGCCAGAGGCGCCGUCCGAUCUGGCGUCUUACCCCCUUCUCGGAUUCGCACUGCUCACUCCAAUCCUGCUCGUCGUGCCGCCUUCGAGUCCUUCGGCGUCAAUGUUCUCUCCCGCAAUCAAGACGUGCUUGAAGAAAGUGAUGUGGUCAUUUUUUCUGUGAAACCUCAAGUAGUGAAAGAAGUGAUCUUGCAGUUAAAGCCACUUCUUUCAACGAAGAAGCUUCUGGUUUCAGUUGCUGCUGGGGUGAAAUUGAAAGACCUCCAGGAAUGGGCCGGUCACUGUCGAUUUAUAAGGGUGAUGCCUAAUACUCCUGCUGCUGUAGGCGACGCAGCAUCAGUGAUGAGCAUGGGAGGAGCUGCAACAGAAGAAGAUGGAGACCUUAUUUCCAAAUUAUUUGGAUCAGUUGGUAAAAUAUGGAAAGCUGAUGAGAAGUAUUUUGAUGCGAUAACGGGCCUCAGUGGCAGUGGUCCAGCUUAUAUUUAUCUAGCAAUAGAGGCUUUAGCUGAUGGUGGUGUAGCUGCAGGCCUUCCAAGGGACCUUGCCUUGAAUCUUGCUUCUCAAACUGUAUUAGGAGCAGCAUCGAUGGCCAUUAGUACUGGGAAGCAUCCAGGUCAGCUCAAAGAUGAUGUUACAUCACCUGGCGGGACAACAAUUACCGGGAUUCAUGAGUUGGAGAAAGGUGGGUUCCGUGGAACACUGAUGAAUGCUGUUGUUGCUGCUGCUAAACGUAGCCGAGAGCUUUCCUAAAUUCGCAGAUGUCAGUUUUGAUUUUUGAUUAUUGCGGGUACUAGUUUAAGCAAUAUCGAAUAUUCGCUGUAGCUAGGGACUUUUUUUUUUUUGGUUGGAUUAACUAACGUUGCCAAUCAAUAAAAUAACACAGCCUGUCUCGUGAAUAGAAACUUAA